AAUUAACCAUGUUUGUGUUCUGGAUGCAUUGCAGUGUCUGCAUGUAGCUAUUUUCUCUAAGCUGAGGACCAUAAAUAAUUGCCCACUUAUUGAUCAUCUCCCUCCCCCAUCCUCUCCUGCUACCCUCUUUUUGUUAUUUCUCAAAGAUGCAGGAGACCUCACAUGUGUGCGUGUCUGUGUGCGUUGCUUCCCUGUGAUGCGUUUGAAUGUGAUAUGGGGCGUGUUGGAGGGGGUUUGAGGGGAGGGCAGGCAGGCAGAGCUGGGCUGAAGCUGCCAGUCUUUGUUCCAGGAGGGAUAAACGAUGGUCGCAAACCAGGAAACGAGAGUGAGAGUGCCAUUGUGAAGGAGAGGGAGCUGUCCCUGGAGCUCGCCAGAAUCAGGGAUGAAGUGGCUUUCAGUGUCGCACACUGGGAGCAACUGCAGCAGGAGAAGGAGGAACUGGAGCGUCGUUUCGAGGCUGAGCUGCAGGGAUUGCGGGCCCAUCAGCAGAGGGAGCUGGGAGCGCUGGAGGAGCGGCUGAAGGCGAAGCACAUGGACGAGACCAAGAGCCUGCAGGCCCAACAACGAGCUGAGCUGGAGGAGCUGCGGUUCAAACAGCAAGAUCAGCUUGAGGAGAUGAGUGAGAACCAUGAGGCAUCCUUGAUGGAGAUGGAGACGGCUCACAAUGACACACUCGCCACUUUGCAGGAGGAGCAUGCCAGGACUGUGAAGAAUUUGAAGAUGGCCCACGAACAGCAGAGGAAAUCUCUAGAAGAAGAGUUUGAAAAGAUCAGACUGUCACUGCAGGAUCAGGUGGAUACGCUGACGUUUCAGAACCGAAGCCUCAGAGAUCGAGCGAAACGAUUUGAAGAAGCUCUUCGCAAGAGCACAGAUGAGCAGAUAGUGGAUGCUUUGGCUCCAUAUAAACACAUCGAGGAGGACCUGAAGAGCCUGAAAGAAGUUCUGGAGAUGAAAAAUCAACAAAUCCAUCAGCAGGAGCUGAAGAUUUCAGAACUAGAGAAAAUACAGGCUGAAAAGAAUGUGUACCUGGAGGAGAGAGUACAGGUGUUACAGCAGCAGAACGAAGACCUGAAGGAACGCAUAGACAAGAAUCUUGCUGUGUCCAGGCAACUCUCUGAGGAAAAUGCCAACUUGCAAGUGCACGUUGAGAAGGAAAGCAACGAGAAGAAGCGUCUAAGUCGCACCAACGAGGAGCUGCUGUGGCGGCUGCAGACCGGCGAGCUGAGCCCUCGCAUGUCCCCCAGUUCCUCCCCCAUCCAUCGGCCGCUCUCAGGCCCAGGCUCCCCCGCCCGCCCACACUCCUACCAUCAAUGACUCUCAUGGAAGCUCCUCUAUCAAACACUUUCUUUUAAUUCGGUGUCAAAUACCCUGAUUUUUAAAGAACUCUUCUAUGAAUGUUCCUCUCGGUUGAAAGGGAAGGACUUUACAUCAUAUACACGGACAACAUUUCCAAAGUUGAACCCCAGGAAUUUUAACCUUUGACCCAACGAAUUGUAUUAAUGAUCUCACCUCUUAUUAUCCAAGAGGGAACUCUCCAUUGUUUGUUCUGUUCCACAUCAACACCCCCACAAACAGAAGCACUGAAAUACUCUGGUUCCAUUUUUUAAAAAAGCCUGGUCAUUUUAGAUUCAGAGAGCAGAAUCAAAGUCAUGGUGCCUCAGUUCUAUGUUUCCGCCUCCAUCUCCAUCUUCUCAUCCAGCGCUCAGGAUGAUGGAUGAACAAGACAUAGCCAACAUCAGAAGUGCAAACGACAAACACAAGAAGCGCCUUUUUGCCGUCCAUUCUCUCCCACCAGCAGCAUUUACCGGGGCACAGGCAAUACUUUGGGUACAAAUCACAAAUCUACCUACAGUGAGUUACUCUCAAAGUGCAGAUUCUUCUCUGUGGCAUGUUCACCUUUUCAUGCCAAAUAUGGUUCAUGUGCUGAGAGUGUAUGAAUGACUGCCUAGCCAUUUAAACCUCAAUCAUCCACCCUACUGUCUUCUUGAACAGCUAGCUCUCAUAACAACUCAUACAUCCACUGAACUGCCAACACAGUGUAACUAUCAUAUUUAUUGCUGAAAAACUGUAAAUUGUACAGGUAUCGCUCUCUUUAAAGCAUGGUCUGUCUUCCAGCUAUAAUGAACUUUACUUUAGGAUUAAAUACAUUGUGAUGAUAUGGAGAGGAAGGUCAAAGGGGCAACACAAGUUAAAUCUUACUUUUCAUAGAACUGGACAGGAUCUAUUAAAAUAAACCAGGAAAUAGUCAUUGUAUUAUAGAUUUCAGACUAAGUGUCCCUCGCCUUCAGUUGGGUAAAGAGAAAAUAAUCAUUUCUUCAGAAAUAAAAGUGCAGGAUCUGUAGAAACCACCAAAGAGGAAAUCAUCCAAAACAGCAGUUCAUUAUGUUCUGUAGCUGUCAUAUCUGUGGAGUUAAUAGCUGCAGAAUCAGCCGUGAAUGGUGCAGACGAUGCAAAAUGUAAAUCUGUUCCGUUGCAUUUGAAUCUACACGGCAACAGUUCCUUUUCUCUUUCUCUUCUCAUUAGGAGCAAACUAUCAGCGCUCCAACAGCUGCCUGGAGUUGUUGCUGUUUUCUGUGUUGCUAAAAGUUCUCUGUGUUUUCACCACAGAAAAUCCAAGUGGUGCCCCAACUUUUAUUCUCCAAUUGAACCUGCAAUUGACUUCCUGUCGUCCAAAAUUUGCAAAAUUAUUUCUUCAAAACGCGCAUGAAAAUCUGAUUGCAAUGUUACCUCAUUUUCUCAUUGUAGAGAAUAAUCUCAGGUCUUGAGGAGAAUUAAGCAACUGCCGUAACUUUUUUUUGUACUUUUAUGUUUACAUAAUCGCUCAUCUUAAAGGUCUGCUUUGUGAAACAUCCUUUGCAUAACAUCAUUUGGAUGUAAAGAGUGUGUAAAAAUACUUUAAAGAGUGUAGUGUAGUUAGGAAAUGCAUUCAAAUAAGUUGAAAUAGAGUUUUAUUACAUUAAUAUUUUCUUGUAAUAAAGCCAUAUUUCUUUAACCCCUCAGACAUAAAAUGUUAAAACCUGCUCAAACAGGGAUUUGGUUGUGGGUGAGUUGCGUUUACUGUUUGGACGAGUUGCUUAUGUUUAACUUGUUCGCUGGUGGGUUUCGCUUAGUUCUAAAAGGAAGAUGAAAAGACGUUUCUCUCCAUCAGGUACUCCGAUUGCACUGAUUGCCUCUGUGUCCUGUGGACAUGACCUUGUACUCAUUUACUGAAUGUUUGUCCGACACUAGAAUAAGAGUUUUUGUUUACAGUUUACAUCUCAAUGUCAGAGGAGGAGAGUCGGUCACGUGGAUGUCAUGACAUCUGUUGAUUGUUUACAGGACUUGCGUUGUAAAGGAUUGUGUUCAGUAUUUCAGAAAUUCAUGCACUGGAGGAGUUUAUAUGAAAGCAUGUCUUCAUGAGGUUGUUGUGCACUACUUUUAUUGUAUUUUUUUGACAUUUCUUGUGCAUUUCAUAGAUUUAUUUAUUUAUUUAUUUGUCCUCAAAUCCUCCAGAACUGCAACUGUAGCUUAGCUGGUUAAAAAUAUUGUGGUCAAUGAUAAGAAUUUAUGUCUAUACUGUAUAUGUUGCACUUUGUAUUUAAGUAUUAAAUCACACUAAGUACACAUA